UUAAAACAAUAUUCUAUGUUAAUUAGUAAUUAUCUUAGUUGAUAGAAAUAAACUCAAAUACUACCAUUUACUACUAUUGAUUUAAUUAAGAUAACAUCGUCCUACAAUGCGCCCGCCACCAGAGACAUAGUACCUCUUUAAUCAUACUUACUCCUUCCUUUAUAAACAAACUAACCCCCUUCCCUCCUUUCUGCCUUCUACUAUUCUUAGUUAACACAAUUCAAUUCAAAUCUUCAAAUUAAAUCCUCUCUCUCUCUCUAACUCAUCAUUACUCUUAAUUAAAUGGCUUCUCCCCUGUUUCUACUCUGUUUCAUACUCUGUUUUUCACUAUCAUCACAAAUGAUUCUAUUACCAUUAACACACUCAAUUUCCAAAACCCAAUUCAACACUACCCACCAUCUCCUCAAAUCAACCUCAACCCGUUCCUCCAACCGCUUCCGCCACCAACACCACCACCGCAAACACCAAACACAAGUUUCUCUCCCACUUUCACCAGGAAGUGAUUACACACUUUCCUUCAACCUAGGUUCAAAUCCACCACAACUCAUAACUCUCUACAUGGACACAGGUAGUGACCUUGUUUGGUUCCCAUGUUCACCUUUCGAAUGUAUCCUCUGUGAAGGAAAACCACAAACAACAAAACCAGCAAACAUCACAAAACAAGCACACUCUGUUUCUUGUCAAUCCCCUGCAUGUUCUUCAGCACAUUCAACUAUGUCUUCUAGUAAUCUUUGUGCUAUUUCUCGUUGUCCUUUAGACUUCAUUGAAACUUCUGAUUGUUCUAAUUUUUCUUGUCCACCAUUUUACUAUGCUUAUGGCGACGGAAGUUUCGUAGCUAAUCUCUAUCGUCAUACACUUUCUCUUUCUUCUCUUCAUCUUCAAAAUUUCACUUUUGGUUGUGCUCACACUGCACUUGCUGAACCCACCGGCGUAGCCGGUUUCGGCCGUGGAAUUCUUUCUCUUCCGGCUCAGCUCUCUACUCUUUCACCUCAUUUGGGUAAUCGUUUUUCUUAUUGUUUAGUAUCUCAUUCUUUCGACGGUGACCGAGUUCGUCGACCGAGUCCACUCAUUCUCGGCCGUCACGACGAUACCACCACCGCCGGAGAAGCUGUUGAGUUUGUCUACACUUCAAUGCUUUCAAACCCAAAGCAUCCUUAUUACUACUGUGUGGGACUCGCCGGAAUAACAGUCGGAAAGAAAAUGGUACCGGCGCCGGAGAUUCUCAAAAGGAUCGACGGUAAAGGUAACGGAGGAAUGGUUGUUGAUUCUGGAACAACGUUUACGAUGUUGCCGGAGAGUUUUUAUAACGCGGUGGUUACUGAGUUCGAUAAACGAGUUGGACGAGUUAACAAACGAGCGAGUGAAGUUGAAACUAAAACGGGUCUCGGGCCGUGUUAUUACUUAAACGGGUUAUCACAAAUACCAAUGAUGACGUUGCAUUUUGUUGGGAAUAAUUCGGGUGUGGUGUUGCCUAGGAAGAAUUACUUUUAUGAAUUUUUGGACGGUAGUGAUGGUGCUAGAAAGAAAAGUAAAGUGGGGUGUAUGAUGUUGAUGAACGGUGGAGAUGAAACUGAGUUAGAUGGUGGACCUGGAGCUACUUUAGGGAAUUAUCAACAACAAGGGUUUGAGGUUGUUUAUGAUUUGGGGAAAGAGCGCGUGGGUUUCGCGAAGAAAGAGUGCGCGUUGCUUUGGGAUAGUCUUAACAGUGUAAAAAACUGAGUUGAAUUCGUGGGUCGGGUCGGGUUAAUGUAAAUGUAAUAAGGCGGCGAGGAUUGGUACAGGCUCUGUUCUCCAAGUCCAUGUGUACAUGAACCAAGUUGAUAGGAUAGGAUGUGAUUAAUUAAAUUUUAUUUUAUGCUUGUUUAUAUUGUAAUAAUUGUAGUUAUAUUAAUUAUUUAAUUAAUUAACACUUGGUGUAAAGUGAAACUUGAAGUCUGAACAAAUAAUAUAUUGAAUUCUUUGUUA